AGGGGCUAAGAAGCUGGUCCAUGGGUGAGGGGGAGGAACUGCACCUUCAUGCAACUCCCCCCUUGCCCUCCCACCCUCAGGAAGUAUGAACAGGAAAGACAGUAAGAGGAAGUCCCACCAGGAAUGCCUGGGGAAGCCAGGGGGUCGGGGCCGGCCCCGACAGGCCCGCCGCCACAAGACGUGUCCCAGCCCCCGGGAAAUCAGCAAGGUCAUGGCCUCCAUGGCUCUGGGCAUGCUGAACGAGGGCGGCUGCAGCGAGGAUGAGCUACUGGAGAAAUGCAUCCAGUCCUUUGACUCCACGGGCAGCCUGUGCCGCAGGGAUCACGUUCUCAACAUGGUGCUGACCAUGCACAGCUGGGUGCUGCCUUCUGCCCACCUCGCCACCCGCCUGCUCACCUUGUACCAGGAGGCUGCCAGAGAUACACAAGAGCUGAGGCAACUGCAAAUCUGCCACCUGGUCAGGCCACCUCACCUCACCCUCAGGUAUUGGCUGACCCGACACCCUGAGGCAGUACACCAGGACCCCCAGUUGGAAGAGGUGAUCGGUCGCUUCUGGGCCACGGUGGGCCAGGAGGGCAAUUCAGCCCAGAGGAGCCUGGGAGACUCUUCCAACCUUCUGAGCCCGGGUGGGCCUGGACCUCCACCACCCACAAGCAGCCCAGGUCUGGGCAAAAAGCGCAAAGUGUCCUUGCUUUUCGACCACCUGGAGACGGGGGAGCUGGCUCAGCACCUCACUUACCUGGAGUUCCGGUCCUUCCAGGCUAUCACGCCCCAGGACCUGCGGGGCUACGUUUUGCAGGGCUCCGUGCGCGGCUGCCCGGCCCUGGAAGGAUCCGUGAGACUCAGCAACAGCGUGUCCCGCUGGGUGCAGGUCAUGGUGCUCAGCCGCCCGGGGCCCACGCAGCGGGCUCAGGUGCUGGACAAGUUCAUCCACGUGGCACAGAGGCUCCACCAGCUGCAGAACUUCAACACGCUGAUGGCAGUCACGGGGGGCCUGUGUCACAGUGCCAUCUCCAGACUCAAGGACUCUCACGCCCACCUGAGCCCUGACAGCACCAAGGCCCUGCUGGAGCUGACUGAUCUCCUGGCCUCCCACAACAACUACGCCUGCUACCGCCGCAUCUGGGCUGGCUGCACGGGCUUCCGGCUGCCUGUCCUGGGUGUGCACCUCAAGGACCUGGUGUCCCUGCACGAGGCACAUCCCGACAGGCUGCCUGAUGGCCACCUGUACCUGCCCAAGCUCAACAGCCUCUACCAGCGGCUGCAGGAGCUGGCGGACCUCCAGAGGCAGAACCCCCCCUGCAGUGCCAACGAGGACCUGCUGCACCUGCUCACGCUGUCCCUGGAUCUCUUCUACACGGAGGACGAGAUCUACGCGCUUUCUUACGCCCGGGAGCCCCGCUGUCCCAAGAGUCUGCCACCGUCCCCCUUCAAAGCGCCCCUGGUGGAGUGGGCCCCCGUCGUGACGCCCAAGCCCGACAGGAUCACCCUGAGUCGGCACGUGGAGCAGCUGGUGGAUUCCGUGUUCAAGAAUUAUGAUCCUGAAAGCCGAGGGAGCAUCUCUGAGGAGGACCUGGAGCGACUCUUGGGCAACUUCCCCUUCGCUUGCCACGGCCUUCACCCACUUCCCCGUCAGGGGAGCGGCUCCUUCAGCCGAGAGGAGCUGACGGAGUACCUGCUCCGGGCCAGCGCCAUCUGCUCCAAGCUGGGCCUGGCCUUCCUGCACACCUUCCAUGAGGUCACCUUCCGCAAGCCCACCUUCUGUGACAGCUGCAGUGGCUUCCUCUGGGGUGUCACCAAGCAAGGCUACCGUUGUCGAGAUUGCGGGCUGUGCUGCCACAAGCAUUGCAGAGACCAGGUGAAGAUGGAGUGUAAGAGGCCAGGGACCAAGAGCGAUGGGAGCCCCCCGGGAGCCCCCAUCCCUCCACCCACACCAGGUCCUCAUGCCAACCAUGGCACCGGGGACAAUCUCGCCUUCACAGUAUGCCCGGAUGCUGAGCCUGGGUGCCACCUCCGCAACGCCUGGACCCAGACGGAGCCCCCCCACCCUCCCUGGGAGCCAGAGACGGACCCCCUGCCAACAACCCCGACGGCCACCCAGUCCUCCGCACAGAAUUCCCAGACAGCACCUUGGCCUUCUCUCCAGCGCUCCCCUCGCCCGAAGUCAGUUCCGCGGUCUGUCACUCAGCCUGCAAGGGAGCACCCAAAGGCCUCACCUCCUCCCCGUCCACACUGCCUUCGCUGACGUGUCCGUCAUC